CGGCGUAAACGACCCCGGGCCGGUCUGAGGCGAAACCCGAACGCCAUGGAGCAGCCCCGGAAGGCGGUGGUGGUGACGGGCUGUUUGUUGGCGAGACCGCCCCUCGCCGUCACCAACUCCCUUAAAGUACCUGUUCCUCCUCGAGGAAACUCGAGACCACGUGGGUGUCAACUUCUGCAGCUGGGCAGUCAUUUUGACUGUCUCCUGGAGUGGUCCCAGUGAAAUCUAGAUACGGUUCACACAGGUGUUCUGUGAUCUGGGAGGGUGGAACUGGUCCUGGAAUCCCCAGGAAGAAGCCACUCACCUGACUAACAGGGUUUGGUCCUUUUGGGGAACACACCGUGAAUGCCAGCUGGGUUGCAGUCCAGUGUUUCAUCAGGAACUGCCAGGCUUGUUCUGGAGAGACCUGUAGGUGGAGCUGUUGUUCUUCUGGAGAGAAAGCGAUCUGAGCACCAGUUUCAGCUACUGCAAAGAGAAAAACUAUCUUCCACAGCACAUUCUAAUGGCUUCCAGAAAAACUGGCUUUCAGGGCUUCCAGAAAUUUCAGGAGCUGGAGAAGCUGGGGCUUGGCGACAGCGUGGACCUGCACGUCUAUGAGAUUCCAGUCGAGUACAAGACAGUUCAGAGGCUCAUCCCUGCACUGUGGGAGAAGCACAGCCCACAGCUAGUGGUGCAUGUGGGUGUGUCGGGCAUGGCCACCACAGUCACACUGGAAAAGUGCGGCCACAACAAGGGCUACAAAGGACUGGACAACUGCCACUUUUGCCCCGGCUCCCAGUGCUGCGUGGAAGACGGGCCCGAAAGCAUCGACUCCAUCAUCGACAUGGACGCUGUGUGUAAGAGGGUCACUACGCUGGGCCUGGAUGUGUCGGUGACCAUUUCGCAAGAUGCCGGCAGGUACCUCUGCGACUUCACCUACUACACCUCUCUGUACCAGAGUCACGGCCGCUCAGCCUUUGUCCACGUGCCUCCCCUGGGCAAGCCGUACAACGCAGACCAGCUGGGCAGGGCCUUGCGGGCCAUCAUUGCGGAGAUGCUGGGUGUCCUGGAGCAGUCAGAAGGCAAAAUCAACUGUCACCACAAACACUGAAAGUCACUCAGGCUUCCCAAGACCUCGUCCCACCAGGGACCCCAGGAGGAGACAAACCUUUCAGCUGGGAAUCUAAUUCGGAUCAAAUAUUUUGAUUUGCAUACCUCCUCUCCCUUUUCCUCCACAAGAGCACUGAUCGACCUGAAGGAGGUGCCUGAAGAUUUUUUUCUCUGUUUCCCUGUGCAUCUGGGGAGGUGGCCGGGAUGUCUGGGAGGCCGGGCUGUCAAAAAUCCUGCCCGGGCGGGCGUCUGCUCUGCAGUGUCACAGCAGGGGCCGCCCGUGUGCCCGCUUUCCUGGGUCUCUGGGAGGGAUUCCGGAGUUUCCUCCGUCUCUUGACUCAUUUCUCGAAAACUUCAAAACCUCUCAGAGAGUCUUUGCCCAGAUCAGUGUCCCAACAGCUUGAGCAGCCCCAGAAAGGACCGCUUUGGGAUGUGGCAUGGCUUUCUUUCUUUCUUUCUUUCUUUUGAAUUCUUACUCUUCUUUUUAAAACAACAGUGCUAGUUUGGGCACCAAGUAAUUUAUAUUCCCUUUGGUUGAAACGCAGGCUUUAGUCCACAACAAAAGUGUCUUUUCUUUUUCCUGGGGUGCGGCCCCUCCUGCCUCCUACCUUAAGACUGGACCUCCAUGUUUGUUUGAGGACUGACAUUGAGGUGACAUUGAGGUCCCCUUGCUUGGGGUGGUCAGUCAGGGCCCUCACCAGGCCACAGGGGAGUGGGGUCUGAUGCCCUGGGAGGUUGAAAGUGUUGGCUGACCCUUUCAACACCCAUGCCAUGAGCUUGGGAGCAGGGCCACCAGGGGGAAAGUACACUUCGAUGUGCACAGGACUUUUUCUUUUUAACAUGUAAAAACUUGUAGCAGCUGCAGACCCACUCUGCACCUGGCCUGGACUGUCACAGCUUCGGUGCUAGGGACUGGCUUCUGGUUUCCCUAAGGGGGGUGCCUGAAGCAGGGCCUGGAGGCCGGAGUCUGCUGAGCUCCGUGUGUGCGUUUGAGCAAUAGGGCAGAGGGGCAGUCAGCGGGCUCUUGUGUAGAUGGUUUUUCGGAGAGUCACCCAGAAUCUCCCUCCCUGGCAACUUUGAACUUCCCAGCCAGGGGUGAAAGUGAUGCUUCCCAGGAGGCAGCCAUAUCCAGCUGGACCUUGAUACCCUCAGGGGAACAGGACAGCAGCAGCCGCAGCAGCCAGGAAGCCAACUGAGGAAAACACACAUUCUGGAAGUAUUCUAUUUUUUUUCUUGGAGAACAUUCGGCUUUAUCCUUUCCUUAGGUGUGAAGUGUGCCAGAAUCUGAUGCUCUCUUGGAUCAUGUCGGUGAUUUUUUUGUUCAUUUUUCUUAAAAGAAAAAGGAACACCUGACCGGAGUGGUUCCCGCCUCUGCUGAGCUGCUGUGUUGACUGGGGACCAGUUGGGUUUCUGAGUUAAAGGCUUUUUAUGAGCCUGGCACUUUCUUUGGAGGGGGAAAGUGGGCACAGGUGGAAGGCUUGCGGUGGGUGCUUGGCAGGGGGUGUGGACUGUGGCCAGUAGGUUGAAGUGCUCGGGCCUCUGCUCCCCUGUCCGUGUCAGCUCUGCCUCGGCCAGAAACCCCCCCUCCACGUCCCCAGUCUGAGUCUGUGGUCUGAGAAAUCUGGGUAUGUAGCAUGUCAGUGCAUCUGCUCCCUCCGCGGCUUCUAUGAGCAGAAACUGGCUUUUUUGAAUGUGGGGGUGCUCAAGGCCAGGGGAGGGGUCCCCCAGGAGUUCUGUUCAUAACAGCAAGCUCCGUCUAGCUCUGUUCCCCAAAGGUCUGAUCCUUGGGCUCUGAGGAGAAAAUGAAUCUAGGUGAGAUGGGGGGGUUGAGGGGCUGGAAGUGAGCCAGGUGCAGAGAGCCUGGCACCUGCUGGAGCCCGGCAGCCUCCGCAAACGCCGUGUUUUCAUCUUUUUUUUGUCCUCACUUUGCCUCUCCGUUUAAAGCGCCCUGCAGUCAGCAACUUAGACAUAACUUACCGCCUGAGUGCUGCUGAGGGUGUGUGUGUCGCUUUGUGUCCUGUGUGUGUCGCUGUGUGUCCUGUGUGUGGGGUUUCUUCCUGGCGGACCCAGGCCUGUCCUUUUCCACGAUGCAGAGCAUUCGGCUCAUUUUAUUUAGUCAGACAGCCAUUAAAUAUUUCAGUCGC